AUGCCCCUCCUCCCACCCCCGCCCUCUGUCCCCAAAGAACGCCCCCCAAACACCUUUCUAGUCACCCUCCUAAUCUACCCCAACCACUGGGCGUACUACAUCCCCUCCCCCGCACACCCCAGCCUUGGCAUCCUCCUCCACGUCACCGGCGACACAAGAACGGGUUUCAAAUUGGCAAUCCAACGAAGCUACGACUUGAGUCUCCCUGAGAACCAGAAUCCACCGACUACGUAUAGGAUUCCGCUGCAGUGGGUUGAUGGGUGGUGGCUUGACGAGGAGAAGAUGUUGAAUAAUGGGGCGGGUGUGAGGGAUUGUGAGCCGGCUUGUGCGUUUGAGAGGGUUGUGGGGAGGGUUGAGAUGCCCGGGUUAGGGGAGGGGUUGGAUGAUGAGGGGGAUAAGGACUGGGUCAUUAAGGUUGCAGAGGAGCUUGUUAGUAGUGGGGUUUUCGAGGAGAAUGUUGUCAGUUAUCUUUAUACGAUUCGGAUGGCGGAGUGGCUAUAG